GGUCAGCAGGGACAUAAGGGGAGCUUCCGAGGCUCAGAGGAGAAAGUGACAACCACUUGACAGAUAGAACUAAGGAAGGAUGCCACAGAGGGUCCCUGCAAUCCCCAGCCCUAGAUGCAAGCCAGCAGGGACAAGCUGGGACAAGCUGCUGGUGGAAGCAUUGUUGAUAAAUUCUGGAAAGAGCUUGGAACCUCAGUUGGGAGAGAAUUCUGAGCACAAGAGACCUAGUGGAGAAAAGCAGUGUUAGCGCCAAAGAGGAGACACACUCCAGCAAUACACUGGUGGCUUCAGAGCAAAGCCUUAACAUCCAGCUCACCGUAGUUCCUGUGUAUGGGAUUGAACAAUGUCUAUACACUAAAGUUAUGGACUGCAUUCAAGUUGCCCAUCUCCCUCCCUCACUGGAAUUUCUUCAUGAAAUCAUGUCCUGAAGCACCACUGAAUCCAGUAGUUUCACCAAGAAAGACUGAGCUGAGAAUAAAGAAAAUCAUGGAGAAACUAGACCAGCUGAUCCCCAACAGACCCUUCACCCACGUGACCUCCACAACCAGCGCCAAACAGAGCAGAGCCACCAUCCUCAACCCUCAAGACACAUACUGCAGGGGGGACCAGCUAGAUGUCCUGCUGGAAGUGAAGGACCACUUGGGACGCAGGAAACAAUAUGGCGGGGAUUUCCUGAGGGCCAGGAUGUCCUCCCCAGCCCUGAAGGCAGGCGCUUCAGGAAAGGUGACAGACUUCAACAAUGGCACCUACCUGGUCAGCUUCACUCUGUUCUGGGCGGGCAAGGUCUCUCUGUCUCUCCUGCUCAUCCACCCCAGUGAAGGGGUGUCGGCUCUCUGGAGGGCAAGGAAACAAGGCUACGACAGGGUGAUCUUCACAGGCCAGUUUGCCAAUGGCACCUCCCAGGUCAAUAGUGAUUGUGCCCUGUUUUUAAAUUCAAGUACUGAACUCUGCGAGUACCUGGAUACUCGAGACCAAGAAGCCUUCUACUGUGUGAAGCCUCAACACGUACCCUGUGCUGCACUCACCCACAUGCGUUCCAAGAACAAGAAUGUUUCUUACCUUAGCAAACAAGAAAGGAGCCUCUUUGAAAGGUCAAAUGUGGGUGUAGAGAUUAUGGAAAAGUUUGACGCCAUUACUGUCUCCAACUGCAACACAGAAAAGACAGCUCCAGUGCCAAAGAAAUGCAAGUUUGGAAUGACAUCGACAGUCCCCAGUGGACAUGUCUGGAAAGACACCUGGAAUCCCGUCUCUUGCAGUUUGGCUCCGAUUGAAAUGAAAGAAUGCCUGAAAGGAAAAUUCGUGUACCUCUUGGGCGAUUCCACGAUCCGCCAGUGGAUGGAAUACUUCAAAAGCAGUAUCAACACACUGAAGUCAGUGGAUCUACAUGAAACUGGAAAGUUUCAACACCAAUUUGGUGUGGACUUGGAUAAGAAUAUCAAAAUCCAGUGGCAAAAACAUGGUUACCCCUUGGUUGGAUCACUGAACUUUUCAGUCAAAGAGAUUGAGUACCUCGCCCGGGUCAUUGACAGAAUUGGAGGAGAAAAGAAUACUAUCAUUGUUAUUUCUCUGGGCCAGCAUUUUAGACCCUUUCCCAUUGAUGUUUUUAUCCAAAGGGCCCUCAACGUCCAUGAUGCAGUUCAGCGUCUUCUUCUGAGAAGCCCAGACACUAUGGUUAUCAUCAAGGCAGAAAACAUCAGGGAGAUGCACAAUGAUGCAGAAAGGUUUAGUGACUUCCAUGGUUACAUCCAGUAUCUUGCCAUCAAGGACAUCUUCCAGGAUCUCAACGUGGGCAUUAUUGAUGCCUGGGACAUAACAAUUGCAUAUGGUACAAAUGAUGUCCACCCGCCUCAAUCUGUAGUUAAAAAUCAGAUUAAUAUAAUGUUAAACUUUAUUUGCUAGAUAGCACAUAUCUCUGAAAUGAAUUCAUUUAAUAGAUGUGUUUGCUAUCAUGCCAAAUGUUUUUGGCUCUGAUCCCUCAAUUAGCAAUGGAAAAUCUAUACCAUGGCUGAUCUAUUAACUAGCAAUUCAGCCAAGUCAGUUAUUUCUAAUUUGGGCUUAAAAAUAAACAUAAAAAGAGCUACCCUUCUUGGUCAGAGUCAUGCCACUUUUCACAAACAGGAAGUCAAGACACCUAACAGUUGAAAGUUCUCUCUGAUGCGUGGAAAUUCAGAGCAAUUAAAUCAUUAUAAAAUACAUAUUUGGAGAAAGCAGUCCCAUCUCCUUAUUUCUAAGAGAAGCUCAAGAUGAUUUCCAAGUGAAAAGAAAAGUCUUAUGAUGCAACUCUCCAUGUCCACAGUCCUGGAGGAGCAGCAGAAUUUGAAGCAAGAACUGCUAGAUAUUGAAAACCUCUGACUUUUCUCUCUCUAGAGGGACUCUCAGUCCUCGAAGCUCAUUUAUUCUAUAGAAUUUAUCCUCCAGGGACAAAGGAUAAAAAAGUUGACAGCACAGUGCUCUAGGAUUCGGGAAGCUCGGCUUCAGUCUUUUGGUUGACAGUAAUUGCAUAACUUUGGGUGAGCCCCUUCAACUCUCUGGGCCCCAGUUUCUCAAAUGAAGGGGUUAUUCUGAGAUGUGUGACUUCCGGACCUUGCUCUAUGCAGCUCUGGGUGCUCUAGGCGGUACUUCAGGUACCGACUGGAGGGACAGGAGGUCGGAGAAGUGCCUGGUGGGCGGGGUCCAAGUCCGGCCACACCACCGCAGCCAGGAUGUCAGCCGUUUUUACCUGUGUGUGUAUUGGGCUUCUGGGUGGGCUUUUGAGCUGAAAAAAGUUCCACUGCUUAAAACAUGUUUGAAAACCAUUACGUAGAUAAUCAACAACUGGUUUUUCUAAUCUACACAUACAGAUUAGUUAAUAUUUUCAUCGCUCCCACUUGCGCUUUAAUAGGCCUUCCCAAAACGAAAGAUAUGAGAAUUUCAGUUGAAUAGAGUGAUAUAACCAUUAUAAAGCAACUUGGUAUCAUAUUCUUCCUUAAUUUUUCCCUCUAAACCAUACCCCAGAUAUCACUGGGCCCCUCACCUACCCUUGCUGCAUCGAGGUAAAAACAAUUAUAGUAGGAACAUCUUAAAUCUAUUUCUCCAGUUUCCUCCAGGCAGGGGAUAAUCAUUUUUCUAUGUAUUUGCUCAUGCACCAAAAUUCACAGUUCAGGGCCCGGUAAACACUCAGAUGGUCAAAAGUAUUUAUUAAAUCCCCUAGCAUGUUCCAGGAACUUUUCUAGUCUUUAGGGAUUUGAUGGUCAAAAGGGCACAUGAAUCCUCUGCCAUUGAACACUUCAUAUUGUAAUAAAGGAAAAAGAUAAAUAACAAAAAUGAUAUAAAGCAAUCCCCCACUACUAAAGUAGAAUGAACAAAGUACGUAACAGGGUAACAUGAUGGAGAGUGACGGCAUGGAGGUGGCUAGUUAGAGCAGUUAGAAAAGGCAUCUCAGAGGAGAAGGCAUUUCAAGUGAGAAAAAAAUAAUGGAAAGGAGGUGUCCAUGAAAAAAGCGGAGACAAAGAUCCUAAAUAAAGAAUGACAAGUGCAAACCCCCUGAGACAGGAUGGUGCUUGGUUUAUUUCAAGAACAGGAGCCCAUUAUGCCUGGAGAAUUGUCAGUGCAAGAAAUAUGGAGGGAGACGAAGUUGGAGAGAAAGGCAGGGGCCAGGUCACAUCCGGCCUUUGUUGCCCAUCGCAAGGAGUUUGGAUCCUGUCCCAAAGAUAAUGGGAAGGCAGCUGAGGGAGGGAGAAAAGGAAGGAAGGAAAAUAAGAUCGAGGAUGGGAAAGAGAGAAGGAGGAAGGAAGAAAAGGAAAAAAGAAAGAGAAGGAAGAAAAGAAAGGAAGGAAAAGAGUAGGGAGGGAGAGAGGGAGAGAGAAAGAGUUUAGAAGGGACGCAGGGAAUUACUGGUAGCCAUAACUCAGUCAUCACCAUAAGCUGCUAGAGUUAUUAAGGUCAGAAGGAACAAGACUUGUGAAACCAUGGAACCUUGGAACAGCAUCUGUUUCUUUCUAUUAAUAAAGUAAAGUGACUUUCCAUUACCACUCUCCAACUGGGUAAGGAUGGAUAAGGGGCAUGGAAGUUCUUGCUAAAGGGGCAGUUGGUGUUUUGUUUUGUUUGUUUUUUGUUUUGUUUUUUAUAAAGAACACAAGAGGACUAUAAUUUUAGAACAGGGACUAAAAUUAGAAUGUGACCCAGAGAUUUUCUUUUUAAAGAAAAGAAGAAAGAAAUGCUUGUUUGUAAUGUGUGAACCCAAAGAGGGAGUGUAAGCUCAGACUGGAAAAUAUAUUCUGAAUGAUAGCCCUCAGAACUUAGUACUUUCUAGGGGAAUCCAUGAAGAGUUAUCAAUUCUUCCAAAAAUGAACAGUUAUAAACGCAGAGGUGACUGUUACCAUGUCUGCUUGAUGUUUGAUGGGCCAUUUCCUGUCUGAGGUGGUAACCCAGUAUGUAUAUAGCAAAUACCAAGUUUACUUCCAAAAGUAAAAGUGGGACACAGCCUUUUGGACAGAAUGGAUUCUUAGACAAGAUGGAUAAAUACUCCUAAAGGAAACAGAGAGGUAAUACUUCCAAGGGAAAUGAUUAUCCCGAGGCAAGGAUGUUAAAGAGUAUACUGAGAGGAAACUGAGAUUAAGAAUUACAUGUAAAUUUCCAAGCAGAUUGUUUCAAAAAGUGGUAUAUUCUAAAUACCAGUUGGUGCUGAAUUCCUGCAGUUUUAGUCUCUCUCAUCAUUGUAUGGUCUGGAUCCAGUUAGGAGGUGGAAACCACACAGUGGGCUAAACAGAAGAAGUCUGAUAUAAAAAAGUAUUACACUCUGAUAAACAAGUGACUGUAAGAUAUAAAGAAACUCUAUACGGUACCUGAAGGAGAAAAAAGGAAGUUAUCCAAGGAAGAGGCCACCUGGAAGGGGGCCCUCCCCAAGGCUGGGGUUCAGACCUUACUGGAGAAGGUGUAGUUCAGCGCACUGGGUAGCAGAGAAGUUUGCUGGUCUGCCCAGGCCACAGGUGGCCUUCAGAAAGUUCGUAGGGCAAGGCGGGUGCAGGUGAUCAGCAAAAGGGGUGUGCACAUGCAGAGCAGGUUGGGGCCAGGACAGGCAAGCUGCCCAGGGGACCUGCAGAGGAAAUCUGUGCUCCUGCAAGUGCGAAGCCUUGAGGCACUGUUUUCUGUGUAGCAAAGGCCAGGGAAAAUUAUUGCUAGGCCAGGACAAGAAUGCAAGGUCACCAAGGAAUUAUCCGGUUCUGCGGACAAGAUAAGGAAGAGCUCCAUGGGGUGUUUCCAGCUCCUUCCUCCUGUAAUGUUCCUCUAAAGUCCUCUACUGACAAAGCUCAACAACAUGCUGCCUAUAAGGAGAGAUGCUUAAAAGAAUUCUGUGCUUUACAGCAGAGAAUAUAUUGAAGGGUGAAUUCAGAGCUGAGAGGCAAUAAAUUUGUAUGUCUCAA